ACACCCGCAGUGGGAGUUCAAGAACAACAACAUGUAUUCUGUAGCAUCUGCGUUAGGUCACUGUGCUCUGUUGUUCUGCUGCGUCAUCUUCAUGGUUUCAGCAUCUGCAGCUGUGAUCCUACAUCAUGGUAGAUUUCCUCACUAGCCUCCAGGUAACGCCGCCAUACUAACUAUUGCAAACUAUUUUUCCAAGGCUGUGUAUUUUGUUUCUCUACAAGCUUCCUUCAGCCUUAGAGACCUCUCAGCUUUUCACAGAUCACGUCUUCAUGUUACACAGAAUCUCCGGUGACAUUCCCUUGGACUGAGAACUCCAGUUCACUUUUCGUGACUGACUAAUGGUCAAACCAAGAGGACCAACCAGGAAUUGGACGCCACCCUCAUCGUGUGUUCUAAUCAAACCAUCAACUUGGGGCUUGCACCUGGCCUGUGCCAAAUACCUCCAACAUUUGAUGACCUUCUCUGCAACUGGAUUAUUCCUGUUUGAGGCUUUACUGGAGUAUUAUUUCUUCCAGCUGAACAAAGUGAGUUCUCUGUUUUUUCUGUCCAGCAUCACCUUUGACAUUGUCACCAAGGUGGACCUGCAUAGAACUAUGGAGCAGAACAAGCUUACGGUCAUUGGAUCUCGGCCCUCAUCUACACUCCAGGGAAGAAGAAAAGAUGUGCCUCGAGUUGAAAAGAAAUAUGACCAGAAAAAUAUCUCAGCCACUGUUGGGGAGAGUGUCACUCUGCCAUGUAGAGCUCCAGAUAACUCCAUCAGAGCUAUAUUGUGGAGCAGGCCUGACCUGGAGCCAAAAUAUAUCCUUUUGUACCGUGACAAGCAAAUUGAUCCAGAAGAGCAGCAUCCAUCUUUUAAGAGCCGAGUGGAUCUGCAGGACAGACAGAUGGAGGAUGGAGAUGUGUCUCUGAUUCUGAAGGAUGUGACGAUUAAUGACAGUGGAACAUACGAGUGUCAAGUUUUUAUGAAAGGACCAAACCAGAGGAAGAGAACUGCUGACUACAUCACCAUCAUCAACCUGACUGUUGUUCCAGACCAGAAAAUCUUCACAGCUGAGUCUGGACAGAACGUCACUCUGCCAUGUCGAGCUCCAAAUAUCAGUGCUCCCAUCAGAGCUGUGGAGUGGUUCAGACUUGACCAGCUGGAAGGACAUGUCCUCAUGUACCGGGAGGAGCAGUUUGUUUCAUUCAACCAGCUUCCAUCAUUUGUAAACCGGGUGGAUCUGCAGGACAGACGGAUGAAGGACGGAGACGUGUCUUUGGUUCUGAAGGAUGUGACGAGGAAUGACACUGGGACAUAUCAGUGUUAUGUCAUUCAGAGAGGAACGAACCACAUGAAGAGUGUUGUGGAACAUAUCAGCAUCAUCUACCUGAGUGUUGUUGAUCCUCCAGGUCAGACAGAAAGACGUGCUGGACUGAUGCUCAGUUUGUCACUUGUUGCUGUGCUUGUUGUUUCUGCUGUUGGUUUUCUGAUCUACAAAAAACAUAAACAACAGAGUCAGGAUUCAUCCCAGCCUUCUUCUGCUGAACAGUGUGAGGUUGAAAUGUCUCUGAGCACAGCUGUGAGUGAGUCUCCUGCUGCUGUUCCACAGAUCAUCCAGUGGAGAGACAGACGAGGACAUCCUGAAUUUGUUGUUCAGCAUCUUUGUGAAAGUCUUGAACAUUUUCCUUUGGACAUGUUGAACUUUAACUAAAGAUGCUUUCAGUCCAAAAGUCUUUUUCUUCCUGUUGUUUGGUGCAAAGCAUCGACGAUCAUCCAGAAAACAUUUUCAUCUUUAAUCCUGGUUUCAGGUGAAAGUUGUGUCUUUAGCUGCUCACUGUCCUGAUGAGCUGCAUGAACACCAGCUGGAAGUCAGUUUGUUCAUGAGAAGUUUGGACUCUUUUUCUUUUAUAAAACAUAAAACAUGUAAAUUACAGACGUGUCCUGUUUCUACUGUGAGUGUAGCUGUUAGCUCGUGACCUCCUGCUGAGCUGAAGCCUCAGACUGUUUCUGUAGUUUAAAUAGACGACACAUCAUUCAUACAUCUGUGUGUUCAUUAUAGGCAGCUUUUAUUUAUGUCAGUUUGAACACUGCAUGGACUGUGAAACUCUUUACAGAUUUUAUUCUUUUAUGUUGUUAUUAUUAAUGAUAAAAUUGUUGAGUUUUUCUGUACAGAUGAAUUUUCUUUGAUCAAAAACUUUGUGAGCUGAGUCUGAUGUUGUUUUCUGAGCAUUUCUCCUCCACUCUGCUCUUUCUACUGAGGAUGUGUUUAAUCAGUUUUUUGUUUCUUUAUUUGACUAUAAAUAAAGUGUCUU